AUGCAGAAACAACACUUGAUUCCCACAGACCCAAGGGCAGUAACUCGCCUCGCUGAGACAAUAGGGAAGAAGGGUUUACGAUCGCCCGCUACACUCUCUGCACUGGAGGCAAUUAUGGCUCCCGGACCUUUGCUUCCAUACGAUAUAGAGUGCCUCAUGCAGGUGAUACUUGAGCCAGCGCAGUAUAUGUUAUGGAAGGAAGAGUGGUUGGCACAGCUCAGGGCUGUAGUUGCAGCAGCGACAUGUAACCCACAACACCCAGCAAAUGGCAGGGAACAGGGAGAGAUAACUAAUCUGACACGGUUGUUAGGGUAUGGGGAAGGGAUGAUAGGUUCCCCUGAAGGCCAGUUCAGACGCCUUCGCCCAGGAGAGCUGAUGGCGGCCACAGAAGCAGCUCUGACAGCCUUCAGAAGGUUCUCAAGGACAGCUGAACCUUCUGCUCCCUGGGCAGAGGUAGCUCAGGGUCCAUCUGAGUCAUUCUCAGAUUUUGCCAAUCGAUUGAUUCGGGCAGUAGAAGGCUCAGAUCUGCCAAAGAUUGCCCAUAAUGCAGUAAUCAUGGAUUGUCUUAAACAGAAAUCACACCAAAAUGUUAAGGAUCUUAUUCGAGCUGCUCCCAACGACCUCAAUACUCCAGGAGAUAUCAUUAGGUAUGUACUAGAGAAACAGAGAACAACGCCCCUCACCAAUGAGGGAUUAGCAGCAGCGUUAGUAGCAGCGAUGGCCAUGAGGGAGGAUCAGAGUAGGGGACCGUGUUUUAAGUGUGGACAGUUUGGUCACUUCAGAGCCCAGUGCCAAGUCCCUGAGAGGCAGAAGGGAGAAGCGGCACCAGGCCAGAUCUGUCAGGCCUGUGGGAAACUAGGCCACACUGUACGCCAAUGUCGGAAGUUUGUCAUAGUGCCGCAGGGAAACGAGGAUGGGAGGGUGCCUUAGGCUCAGGGCCCCUCCCCCGGA